CCUCCCCACACACUCACUCACACACACACACACACACAGAGCAGAGCUGCUGCUGGAUGAACCACACUUGUAAUCUUCUCUCCGAAGCGGCUGCAAAUGUGAUCUGGAACAAUAAAUAAAAAAAAAAAACAAUGUAGAGCUGGUGCUAUGAAAUGAAACAAGCAGAGGACGAUAAAGAACUAUUUUUACUAGGUUGUAAAAAUAAAAGAAGGUGGGGCUGGAGGAUGACAGAGAGCCACCAACAAGACAGCUAACCUGAAAAAAUAUUGACUUUCUUUAGUGUAUUUAUUGGUGGAGGAAGAAGAAGAAGAAGUGCGUCUAGCUUCGUAGAGAUGAAGACAGAGAGGGAGGAGAGAAGCAAAGUGUUAACGACAGAGUGCGAGACAUAGCCUUUGCUGGAUCACUCUGGAAUAUCGAAGUGGAAUGCUGAAUCCUGGACGCAAUGUGGAUAUAAAAAAAAAAAAAGUACCGGCGUGCUGCUCAAUACUAACAAGUUUGGAAAAUAUUUAACGACAUGGCAAAAGGGUGUUGCCUGCUUUGAGUUCUAUCAGAGAUGUAAAAAUCAGGAGACAGCUGAUGUGUAAUCAGUUUACUCUUGAUCUGAUUGAAGAAGAGCACACAGGACCCAUCUACAUCGACAGUCUAAUUUUUGCUCUCUUAAUUGAACAAAUUGGAUAUUUACUUUCAGGACCCAGACAAGCUUUACUCUGCCUGCAGAAUGUCAUGCAACAUUACCUACCUGUGCUACACCUUAUCUCAUUGGUAUUUUAAAAUUGUUUACUUGUAGAAAGUCGACAAAACAUGCUAAGUCGCUGAUUUUAGCUUCUUCUGUGCAUUGCAAAAUUGAAGUCUGACUUUGGAUUAUCAUUUUUUUUUUUAUUUUACUUAUUUUUUUGGAAGUAAGAUCCCAUUGUUUCUCUACAGUUUUUAAAUUGUUUUUUAAGGUUAUUUACCAUGUGUACUAAUAUAGUAUAUGAGUGGCUUAAAGCAUUGCAGCUUUCUCAGUAUGCAGAGUCAUUUGUGGAUAAUGGAUACGAUGACUUGGAGGUGUGCAAACAGAUUGGGGACCCAGAUCUGGAUGCCAUCGGCGUGAUGGUCCAGCAGCAUCGGAAGAAGAUCCAUGACGCAGUGCACAGGUUGAGAGAAGAGGAGAAAGAAGCUGCAAGUGGAUUAUAUUUCACGUUGGAACCCCAGGUAGACUCCCCAACUCCAGAUAUCUACUCCAGCCACAUGGUGGAGCAGUAUGAAACCAAAGCUUGGAAGGAAGCCCAGGGUCACAAACCUGUACCAAGGAGUAAUAAAACUAGCCAACUAAGUAAAAACUUGGUAACUUAUCCUAAACUGAAGCUAAAGAUUAUGAUAAGGGAUAAACUUAUUCGGGAUGGUGUCAACCUCAGCAAGCCACCUUUCUCCAAAAAGCAGUUUUAAAGAAUACAUGGUUCCAUUCCAAGGAGUCAACACACAGAGUAUCUGAUUUGAUGAAAGAAACUGAUGUGAGACAGACGUUCAAGACCCAGGAUCCUUUGCUUUGACCAUUGUGGUUUAUUAUGCAGAAGAAGAUCACAUGCAAUUUAAAUUAAAGUUUUAUUUAAUAAACCUUUACCGGGCACGGUCUGAGAAACAAAUUCUAAAAUUAUAGCAACAUUAAAUGUUUAAUUCUUACAGUCCUUGCAUUACAUAUUAUAUUUCCUACAUCUGAAGAUUAUUAAAACACAUCAUUUAAAAUUUUAAUGCAUUAGGUUAAGACAUUUUCUAAUGGACUGCAGUAUACAAAUGUUUUUUUUUUUAAUCAAAUACAUUUUACACAUAAAUUUAUGCAAAGUUGAAUAACUCCUAAUAUGUAUUGACAAUAUGUAGUUUACUGCAAAUAUAUAUUCUUUGAAUUAACUGCAAUUGAUUAAGGAAGUAGAAAAGUUGGUGACUAAGUUUAGGGUCACAUGACAGCUUUUCCAGCAGCUUUUCCUUCAGUUAAUGUAUAAAAUAAAAUAUUGCAUUAAGGCAGCCUAUUACAAAUAAUGGGGUGCUGAUGCACGAAAAUAUCCCAAAAAAUUUAAGUGUUACAUGUAAUGCAUAAAAAUACACUAUGGUGCACUGUGUCAUGAUGUACUGCUCUACCAUUUCUGUUUCAAUCGUUUUUAUUAAUGGUUUUUAAAAGAUAAA